GCGCCGGAAGAGGCCCUCCCCGGGAGGGGAGUGGGGCCGCUCUAGCUGCGGCCGCGACCAUAGAGCAGGCCGGCUCCCUCCGCCCCCACCAUCCCUCGGGACACGUGACCCAAAGUGUGGGCGCGGGCCGAACAACAGGCUCCAACCCCCCACCCUCCCCACCCUCAGGCCGGAGGCCCCCGGAAGAGGUGGAGGCCCCGCCUAGCGCUGCACUGCCCGGAGAACCCCCAAAGCAGUUGAGGCUGCGCGCACGCGCCCCGGAGGAAGUUUUCAGUAGCGGAGUUUGAGUGAAAGAAAACUAGCGCGCAUGCGCCACCUAUGCGUCCCUAGCUGAUCCCUCCGCCUCUCCGUAGGCUGGGCUGGGGCGUUCUCUCCUCCUGGGGGCGGCACCGGGAGCUAGGCCAUCUGAAUCACCGUCACCCGCUCCAUCCGUGGGUCCCUUCCCCGGCCCCCGGCCCUGGAUUGGAGAGAGAGCUUGUCCUUCAUCUGCCUGCCUGGCCCUGCCAGGGUUCCACUGAGGAAGAUGAAGCUGCACACAGUGUACCAGCAGUUGAAGCCACGCCCUGAGGAGCAGCUUCCUUCACCUGCUGUGUCCUGGAAACCAGGAGACAAGAAAGUCCGAUGGGUCCUGCUGAUCGUGACACUGACAGCAAUGGGCCUGGGUGCCCUGCUCACCCAGCUGCUGCUGUGGCCCAGGCUCAGGACUCCCCAAGAGAGGAUACAGCCACCCCCCAACUCUGUCUGUGAGGAUCCCUGCCAGAUUGUCCUGGUAGAGAGCAUCCCUGAGGGCCUCACCUUCCCCAAGGGUCCUGUCUACCCUUCCAUCAGCCAGGCCUGGCUGGACCUGAUGGCUGGGGCCCAGCACAGCCUUGACAUCGCCUCUUUCUACUGGACUCUCACCAACAAUGAUACCCAGACCCAGGAGCCCUCUGCCCAACAGGGUGAGGAGAUUCUCAGGCAGCUGCAGAGUCUGGUCCCAAGGGGUGUGUCCGUGCGUGUGGCUGUCAGCAAGCCCAGGGGUCCCCAACCCCAGGCUGACCUGCAGAGCCUUCUAAAGAGUGGGGCCCAAGUACGGAUGGUGGAUAUGCAGAGACUGACGCAUGGUGUCCUGCAUACCAAAUUCUGGGUAGUGGAUCAAACCCAUAUCUACAUUGGCAGUGCCAACAUGGACUGGCGUUCUCUAACCCAGGUGAAGGAGUUGGGGGUGGUCGUCUACAACUGCAGCUGCCUGGCCCAGGACCUGGCCAAAGUGUUCGAGGCGUACUGGUAUCUGGGCCAGCCAGACAGCAGCAUCCCCUCCCCCUGGCCAGACAAUUACACCACCCACUACAAUCUGGAGACCCCCAUGGAGCUGCGUCUCAAUGGCACCCCUUCCCAGGCCUUCCUCUCGAGUGCUCCCCCAUCACUGUGCCCGGGAGGCCGCACCCCAGACCUACGCGCCCUGCUCAGCCUGGUGAAUGAUGCCCGAGACUUUGUCUAUGUUGCUGUUAUGAACUAUCUCCCCAUCAUGGAAUAUUCCCACCCUCGAAGGUUCUGGCCAGCCAUUGAUGAUGCCCUUCGGCGUGCAGCCUUCGAGCGGGGGGUUCGGGUGAGGCUUCUGGUCAGCUGCUGGGGCCACUCGGAGCCUGCCUUGCGCCCCUUCCUCCUGUCCCUGGCUGCCCUCCAGGACAACCGCACCCACUAUGAUGUGCAAGUGAAGCUAUUCGUGAUCCCCUCCAGUGAGGCCCAGGCCCGGAUCCCUUACGCCCGUGUCAACCACAACAAGUACAUGGUGACUGACCGAGCUGCCUAUGUGGGCACGUCCAACUGGUCUGGCAACUACUUCACGCAGACUGCGGGCUCGGCCCUGGUGGUGAAUCAGAGUGAAUCUCCUGGCCUCCGCGCACAACUGGAAGCCGUCUUCCUUCGAGACUGGGCCUCCCCGUACAGCCACGAGCUGGACAGCCCGGGCUUGGCUGACGGGCACUCCUGCCGCCUGCUGUGAGUGCCUUGUGCCCCAGUGCGUUGCCAGGGGCUCCAGGCCUGGCUCCCUCACACUGACCAGGAGCCUACUUCCGUGGGGUCUCUUCUGACCCACUGUCUCAUCGUACUCUUGCUCCUGCAUUACUCUCUCUCCCACCCCACACCUCGGUCUCUGCCCAUCUCUGAGAGUCUCUGUUGCUGUCUCUGUCUGUCAGUCUUUGUGGCUUCCUGUCUUUUGAGGCUUCUGUCCAGCUUUGUGUGGAUUUCUGUGAUGUCCAUCCUUUCCCCGUGUCUUCCUCCUGUAUCUCCCUCCCAUCUCUGUCUCUGCCUCAGAAACCUAGGCAGACUGUUUGACUAGGUGUUCCCGCCAGUGAAGGGCAUGAGCCCAGGCAGAGCCAGGCUGGCAGAAGCUGGCCAGGUCCAGCCGGAGGCUUCCCCUCUUUCCCAGCUCUCCUUGAGGCUGUGGAAUCAAGGGGCAGACGGGCCCUCCCUGGGGUGGAGUCCUCACCUCAUGACGAAGGGAAGAAAGAAAGCCUUGGAUGGGGGCCACCCCCUCCCUGCCCCACACCGAGCACUGGAGCUGCACCUGCAGCCAGGGAUCCCAACAAGAAUAAAGUGUCGAUGAGGCAA